CGGCGCCGCUCCGCGCCUGCGCAGUGCGGCCCGGGGGCGGCCGGGGUCAGGACGGCCGGGUCCUUGCCGGAGGACCGGACAUGGCUGCUCUGCGCUUGGUGUCCCGGGCUGCCCGCUCAGGCCCACCAGCCCCCCUGGGCUACCUGCGCCUGCUCGGGACCACCCCCUCCAGGGGCUGCUACAAGUAUGUCAAUGUCCAGGAGCCGGCCAUGGACAUGCGCUCCAUCACCGACCGCGCGGCACAGACCCUGCUCUGGACUGAGCUCAUCCGAGGCCUGUCCAUGACUCUGAGUUACCUUUUCCGGGAACCAGCCACUAUCAACUACCCCUUUGAGAAGGGUCCCCUGAGCCCCCGGUUCCGGGGGGAGCACGCGCUGCGCCGCUACCCCUCCGGCGAGGAGAGGUGCAUCGCCUGCAAGCUCUGCGAGGCCAUCUGCCCUGCGCAGGCCAUCACCAUCGAGGCUGAGCCCCGCGCUGACGGCAGCCGCCGCACCACCCGCUACGACAUUGACAUGACCAAGUGCAUCUACUGCGGGUUCUGCCAGGAGGCCUGUCCUGUGGAUGCCAUCGUGGAGGGUCCCAACUUCGAGUUCUCCACCGAGACACACGAGGAGCUGCUCUACAACAAGGAGAAGCUGCUCAACAACGGCGACAAGUGGGAGGCCGAGAUCGCUGCCAACAUCCAGGCUGAUUACCUGUACCGGUGACAGCCGAGCCUCCCUGCUCCCCAAAUAAAGGGUCUGGGGGGGGUUUGCCACCCCCCUGCACCAGGGCCACCAGCCUCUUCCUAACCCAGA